AUGCCACAUUUAUACGGACAACAACAAGAAGCAGCAGCAGGGGCUCUCCCGCCUGGUCCAACCCCAAGAGCAGGGCAACAGGCACCCCAGCAGCAGCAGCAGCAGCAGCAGCAAGGGAUACCGCCUCUGUACAGACAACCCCAAGCCCCAGCAGUCUACCCAGGUGCCACCGCACCACCAAGGGCAAGACAGCAACAACAACAGCCACCCCGCCAGCCACCCCCAGGGAUGCCCUUCCUCUACCGCCAACCCCAACCCCAACCCCAACCGGCCCGCCCCCCUCCCGCCCACCCGCCUCCCCCGAUCUACACGUCGCAGCCCCCCCGCAACCAGGCCCAGGCCCAGGCUCCCGGUCCGGGCCCCGGCGCGAGACCGACGCAGGCGAGUAACGAUGGAGACGACGGCAGUGACGAUUACGAUCGCGAGCACCGGCGGACGCGGGGGACGAGCCGGGUUCGGCGCAGCAUCCGGCGGCGGACUGGGGACCUGAGGAGGACGAUUGAGCGGUUUUUCGGGAUGGAUUGA